AUGGUCCUGUGCACCCAAUGCUAUCGAGACUUUGCGCAUGAGCAGGCUUUGCAUGCUCACUGCCGUGACAAAGCGGACCACCCCUACUGCACCGCAUGCGAGCGCUUGUUCGUGCAUGACAGAGCGCUGGAACAGCAUCUACAGAGUUCGGCUGCCCAUCAAGAUUCCAGUGAUGAGUACGAGGAAGAAAGCGAAGUCGAGACCGACUCGGAAUCCGAGAGCGAAGAACGUUACUGCCAUGGCUGCACAAGAUGGUUCGUCUCGAGGGAGAGCCUGUAUCAACACCUCGCCAGCAGCUCCAGACACAACUGGUGUUUCGUGUGCUCCCGUGACUUUGGAAGUGAGGCCGCGCUAGAUCAACACUCGUCCUCGCGCGUCCACAAGGAUCGCAACUUCAGAUGUCCCCUCUGCGGCAGCAUGUUUAAAUUUCCAUCGUCGAUCGCCCACCACGUCGAGUCCGGCGCGUGCAAUAACAUUUCUCGGCACCAAGUCACAGCCGCUGUUCACCGUCUCAAUAUAGUGCCCACGAUCUCGCUGUCCCAUCGCAUUACAGGCCCUGGUGGGCCGCCCAUGCGCACGAUCGUCCACUAUUCGGCGACCGAGCAAGCGUUCAAUGGGUCCGCAUAUGAAUGCUACCUCUGCCAUCGCACAUUUCGCACGCUCGCGUCUCUGAACAUGCACCUUGGGUCUGCGGCACACGACGAAGACGAAUUUGAGUGCCCGAAGUGCAAAAAGACAUUCACCCUGAUCUCGGCGCUGGUCCAGCACAUCGAAAGCGAGGUAUGCGGCGCAGCGAGGUUCAAGCAGGUGGAGGACAUAGCGACGCAAAUGACGGGGCAGUUUGCUCGGAUGUUGAGAUUGUGA